GCGGGGACACCUUGCUGCGGGCCACCAGGCGGGGACACCAGGUGUAGGAGGCACCUUGUCCUGCAUGGGAGGAGCGAGCUGGCGCCGGAGUGAUUCACCUUUCCCGGCCCUUCUGGCUCGCCCCAACUCCGGAUCUGGGCGGAGGGGCCCUGGGGCGUGUUUCCCCACCCCUUUCGGACUUCGGAACUGACUCGGACUGACUGGCGCCGGAAAAGGAGUGAGCUCUACUGGACGACAGUGGGUUCGGGUCCUGAAAGAAUGCGGGCCCUGCGGGCUGUGGACGCGCUUCCCAGAAUGCGACCACCUCUCCAGGACCCCAGAGCAGCAGAGGACACUCACACCGCGCAGCCAGCGUGCAAGAGCGCGGUGGAGAGACUAGCGGCAGACCGCUCCAAGUAUGUUCGUAGCACGCCAAGAUCCAGCCGGGGUCCUGUUUCAGAGUGCAGGGUCCCUGAGGCCCCAGGGGUGCAGCACCACAACCCAAUCCCUUCGGCUCUUGCCCCAGCUCCUGUAGCCCGCAGGGCUCUCUCUCGUAAGCCUCUGAGACCCGAUUCGUUGGUCAUCUACCGACAAAAAUGCGAAUUCGUCCGAGGGCCAGGCGCAGACUCUUCCAGAGGGGGGCUGGUGAAGAAAUUUUUCCAGGGGUCUGUCAAGGACAAAAUGCCAGUGGCCCCUGAGACGACCGGGGAGUCAGGUGAGGACAAGACGAAGGAAACAGAGGCCGCUUGGACCAAGUUCGGCCAGGCGGCAGCCACUAGCCCAGCUUCUAUGUUACCAACUCCGGCCCCUGUAGUGACCAUGAAGUACCCUGACGUGCCUUUGGAGGUGGCGUCUAAGGUUCCAGUCGCACCCUCCGGCAUGGAGCUACGGGUGUCGCGUCGCAGAGGAUUGCAGCGCUCUCAGUCAGAUCUCAGCUCCCGCUACUCGAUAGCCAGGGCUGAGUCCGACUCCGACACCUUCUUCCUGUAUUGCGGACUGGAACCUGAAGUGGUGGAGGCUCUUGGGAGGGAGAAUUUCUCUGCUGGAUCCGACUGUGUUACACUCAAAGUGCGUAGCGUAAGCAUGGCUACUUCUGAUAGUAGCUUCUCCAGGCGUAGCGAGGACGGAUUGCAAGAAGAGGAGCUCAUUGAACAGGUGCCUAGCACCACCUCUGUGGUAGAAAGGAACGCCCGUAUCAUAAAGUGGCUGUUCACCUGCAAGAAGGCCAAAGAAACCCCCAGUCAGAGGUUGCAGGGACCUGCCUGACUGACAUCUGAUUCAGGAAGCAAACUUUUCCAGUGAUGAAGGGAUCCUUAAAUUGAAGAGACUCAUGAGGCAUGUGUUUGAUGUACCCCAACAAUACAUAAGUGCUGCUCUCUAGGAAUAAAGUACUCUGUUGACAAGCUUGUGUAUUAGCCAUGGUGAAGUGCUGUGGUGAAGAUGGAAGGGAGAUGUUAGUAGCUAUGAGAGGCAUUCUCCUUAUAAGAGUAUAUCUCAAAAGGCAGCUGAAGAAAUGACAGCUGUUGGAAAAUAUUUUCAGGACAUUUUUUUUUAACCUGACUUACUGACAGUUUCUGCAAUGUAUUUUGAUAAUCUGUAAAUAGAUGCUUUUAAAGAAAAGAAGAAAGUAUGAAAUCAAGCAUGGAUGCAAUAGUAUGCUCUUUGCAACUAACUUAUGCCACUUAACGUUCUGAGCACAAAGAGGUAUUCUGUUUAAGUGCUAUGGCUGAGACAAACACCCAACACACACACACACUGGUUUCCAACCUUUACUAUAACUAAACUGUAGUUAUUCCCAUACUAUACAACUGAUAGUCUUUUGUAAUGAUUUGAAGAGGACAUUUAAAAUUACUUGAGGACUUCAUGUUCAUUUUGUUAAUGUCACUUUCUUCUAGGCCAUAAGUAUGUGGAAACACCCAUUGGGAGAUUCAUGGGAAUAGAGAUCCUGCUUUAAAAAGAAAAGUCCUUUUUUGUACUUGGUCAGUUUCUUGAGAUUUGGCCAAUAUUCAUGGAGUCUUUCUGUUAGUUCUUUAACAGUGUUCCCAAUAGAAUGUGCUCCAUAACACCCUCAUUCUUACUUUCUAAUGGGGAUAGAAACUGGUUUACCCAUAAGGAGCACUUCCCUGGCCUGAGGUCUGGCUCCACUUCACUUACCAUGGAAUUAGGUUUAGCAUCAAUUCAUUGCUUGCAGAGGAUAUGUUUGGAAGCAAAGGCUGCUUCUGGGGUUUGAGAGGUGCUAGGUUCUGAAUAUGGGUAACAAGUUACUGGCCCCUGGUUAUGAACUUGUCUGUAACAUUCACAGUAAAAUGAUUUUAGAUUCAAUAUCUUCUGAAAGAAUUAUGUGUGAACAACAACUCAAAGAAAAAUUGUUAGCCAAUUAUUUGAAAGUUUACUAUAUUUUUUCAAAAUGUAUUCUUUAAUCUUAAAAUAUGAGAUCUGAAAAAAGAGUAUGGAAGAAAUUUCUAAAUGGUAAUAUUUUAUGUCAUUCCAUUUUGAAAUGUCCUUGCUUUUAG